UACAAAAUCCAACAGUUAACAGAAUGAAUAUAUAUAAUAUGACUAAAUAACUAUUACUUUCAUCUUUAUGCAUGUUUAACAUAUAAAAAACGAUAUGAAUCUAGACAAGUAAGGUAUUUGUGGUGAUAAUGGCGCAAGUCAUUUCAAAAAACUUUGUCUUCAAAUUUCCUACAUGCACCACAAAUCAAGAAUAUGAAUUAGAAGUGCCUGUAGAAAUACCUUUUUAUGGAGACGUUACAGAAUUAACAGAGCGCAUAAUCUCCGUUUUUGAUAUUCCAAUCUAUGUCAAGAGUGAUGUACAAACGGCUUUAGAGAAUUUCGUUAAGAAAGAAUCAGCACAAUUUUAUGACAAUCAAGCUGCUAGUUUAUUAGAGAAAACGUCUUCUGGAGAAAUAGAUACGGAAGAUUUAAUAAGACGAUGGGAGAAAGCAUUUAAGGAAGAAACGUCUGAAUAUGCUUCUAGAACUGGACCUUCUGAUGAAGAUAUUUUUGCUACGGCUUAUCAUAGAUUAGUUCACUCUUCAUCUUUAGACGCUAUGUUGGCUAUUGAGAAAUCAUAUGCUAUGGCUGUUCAAAAUCUGUGCGUACAAAGAGAUGAGGAAAUAUCACAGCUCACUUCUCAUCAGCUAGAAGAAAUGGAUGAAAUGAUUAAAGGUCUUCAUGUUACAUCAACUGAGGAGAACAUAAAUCGUUUGGCUGUGCAACAUUUUUCUGGGCAAGCGUUAGCAAGAGGCAGAUGGAACUCACAGCUUCAUGCCUUGCAUGGGGCUCAAAGAGUGGAGUAUAGAGAGUGGAUAGGAUCUCAGUUGGGAGGUGCUUUCAGCCCAACAACAUCUCCAACAGGUUACAGGAAAAAUUGUUUUAAUAGCCCACCAAUGGCACCUCCUACAUCGUCCAGUAACAACUGCUUGGAAGAAAGUUUCACAAUUCAUUUAGGAUCUCAAUUGAAGCAUAUGCAUAAUAUAAGAAUAUUAUCAGCUGAUGUUAUGGAUUUAUGCAAUACCAAAAACACGGAUGAAAGCAUUGAUUGUGGACCACAACGAUUACACACUGCUUUAGGAUUGUAUUCAAAUUCACUAUGUGGAAUUGUUUUACUCACAGAUAACUCUGUUGAGAGCCAUGAUCUUGCUGCUCUAGCAAAUAAUUCAACUGAAUUUCAUUUUGCUACAAUGGAUGACCAGUUAGAAACCAUUCGAAAUGAAGUGAAAGAAGCUGUUAAAUUCAGAAACUGCACGAGGGAUGAAGAACACAUUGAUAGAGUCAAUAAGAGUUCUUUAAAAGAUACGAAAAAUUUACAAACUGGUGAUAUUUUCAUAACUAAACAUUCCAAUUUGUCUCAAGUGCAUGUAGUAUUUCAUCUGGUUUGUGAUGACAGUAGUCUACGGAGUGGAGAUAUCAAUUCUAGGCAUCCUGCAAUUUUGGGUCUGCGAAAUGCUCUUAAAAUUGCUUCUUGUAAUGAUGUAACUACACUUACAAUACCUGUAUUAUUGAGGCAUGAAAUGUCUGAGGAAAUGACAGUGACAUGGUGUGUCAGAAGAGCUGAAUUAGUUUUUAAAUGUGUGAAAGGAUUUAUGAUCGAAGCAGCAUCCUGGGGAGGUGCAGAUCUUUGCACAUUGCAACUUUUAUUACCUCAUGGAAUAUCUGAAGAAUUAUUCACUACAUUGGCCAAUAUGAUACCUUAUGUGUUCAGAGUGGCUAAUCCACUAGUCUUAAAAUAAGAUAACCACUAAAUCAGAUUGAAAAUGAAAUUUUAUUAUUAGUUCAGAGAAUUUUAAUAGCUGUUUAUAGAUACAAAGGAAUAAGUGUUUACAUUAUGAUAUUUAAAUGAUUUAAUGAUUAUUGCAUUUAUAUGUAAAUUAUUAUGUUAUUGAUCUGAUUUGGUGAUAGAAUUUGUGGUCACAAAUAUUUAAUAUUA